UGGUUAGCUGUUUUGACUAAACGGCUCAAAUCGGAAGAAAACCCAAACUCGGUAUUUCCAUUGCAGGGUCAACAACACUGAACCUGUGGGGGCUUCCAUGGAGUGGAGACUCAGAAGCUGAACUGAGAGACAAAACCGCGCGCAGACACCUGUACAGCUCUACUGCAUACAGGUGCGGAGCUUUUAUGACUGAUCUCUGAAAAGCGAAACAAGGCUCGGUUGUCUAUCGAAUCGGUUGAAGCUCCUCGACUUGCAUCGUCAAUGGAGAUUUCUCUGUUCUUCGUGCUGCUUUUGGCGGGAAUUUUUCAUGCGGAGUCGAAGUUUAUGGUGUACGAUACUUCGCCGAGGCUGGUUCCCGGGAAAAUUAACGUGCAUUUGGUUGCUCACACUCACGACGAUGUUGGUUGGUUGAAGACGGUUGAUCAGUACUACGUCGGUUCUAACAAUUCUAUUCAGGGAGCAUGUGUGGAAAAUGUGUUGGAUUCUAUGGUUACAGCGUUGUUGGCUGACAAGAAUAGGAAAUUCAUUUAUGUCGAACAGGCAUUUUUCCAGCGAUGGUGGAGAGAUCAGAGCGAGACAGUUCAGGGUAUUGUUAAGCAGCUGGUUCGCUCGGGUCAACUGGAGUUCAUACUGAAUGUGGGGAUUAUUUGGACUGGUUUCCUUUUUGUUUGGGAUUGCAGAAAUGGGGGUAUGUGCAUGCAUGAUGAGGCAGCAACACAUUACAUUGAUAUGGUUGAUCAGACAACACUUGGGCAUCGAUUUCUCAAAAAGGAAUUUGGGGUGACUCCUAGAAUUGGUUGGCAAAUUGACCCAUUUGGACAUUCUGCUGUGCAGGCUUACUUGUUGGGAGCAGAAGUUGGAUUUGAUGCUCUUUACUUUGGCCGGAUUGAUUACCAAGAUAGGGACAAGCGUAAAGGCGAGAAGAGUCUUGAAGUUGUUUGGCGAGCUUCUAGGAAUUUUGAUGCAUCUGCACAGAUUUUUGCUGGUGCAUUCCCUGAGAAUUAUGAGCCUCCCCCUGGUGGUUUCUAUUUUGAAGUUAAUGAUGAUUCCCCUAUUGUUCAAGAUGACAUAAAUCUGUUUGAUUAUAAUGUUCAAGAUCGAGUGAAUGACUUUGUGGCUGCUGCAGUAUCACAGGCUAACAUAACUCGUACAAAUCAUAUAAUGUGGACCAUGGGAACAGAUUUCAAGUAUCAAUAUGCACACACUUGGUUCCGUCAGAUGGACAAGCUCAUUCAUUAUGUCAACAAGGAUGGGCGUGUGAAUGCACUCUACUCAACCCCAUCCAUAUAUACUGAUGCAAAAUUUGCCACCAACGAAUCCUGGCCAAUCAAGACUGAUGACUUCUUCCCAUAUGCAGAUAGUGCAAAUGCGUACUGGACAGGAUACUUUACAAGUAGACCAGCCAUCAAGCGCUAUGUCAGAAUGAUGAGUGGCUACUAUUUGGCAGCGAGGCAACUAGAGUUUUUCAAAGGGAGGAGUGAUUCAGGGCCCACUACUGAUGCACUGGCAGAUGCUUUAGCAAUUGCUCAGCACCAUGAUGCAGUUACUGGUACAGAAAAGCAACAUGUGGCCAGUGAUUAUGCAAAGCGUCUGUCAAUGGGCUAUGACAAGGCUGAAGAGUUAGUUGCAGCUUCACUUGCUUGUUUGGCUGAAUCAAUGCCAAGUGCUGGAUGUGGAAACCCAACUACUAAGUUUCAACAGUGUGCGCUUCUUAAUAUAAGUUACUGUCCUCCAUCGGAGAUUGAUCUUUCACAUGGGAAAAAGUUGAUUGUUGUUGUCUACAAUUCUCUUGGAUGGAAGAGAGAUGAUGUAAUUCGAAUUCCUGUCAUCAAUGAGGAUGUUACUGUUCAUGAUUCUAAUGGGAAAAUGAUCGAAUCACAGAUUCUUCCUCUAGUUAAUGCCCAUGUGGGCAUGAGAAACUACUAUGUUAAGGCAUACUUGGGUAAAACCCCAAGUGAGGCACCUAAGUAUUGGCUUGCAUUUUCAGCAUCUGUGCCACCUCUUGGUUUCAGCACUUAUACCAUCUCAAGGGCUGAAAGAACAGCUUCUACUUUGACCACAUCAUCUGUAUUUACACCUCGAGCAAUGGAAACCUCUACUGUUGAAGUUGGUCAAGGGAAUUUAAGGCUUACUUUUUCAGCAGAUGUAGGAAAAAUGACACAUUAUACUAAUAGUAGAAGCUUGGUCAAAGAACCUGUCCAACUGUCAUACAGUUUUUACACUGGAAAUGAUGGAAGUGAUAAAGAUCCUCAGGCCUCUGGAGCAUAUAUCUUCCGUCCUAAUCGUACAUUUGUUAUAAAGCCUGAAGAAGAGUUGCAGAGUCCUUUGACUGUUAUGCGUGGACCGCUACUGGAUGAAGUACAUCAGCGGAUUAAUCCAUGGAUAUAUCAGGUCACCAGACUUUACAAGGGCAAGGAGCAUGCUGAAGUCGAGUUUGCAGUUGGACCUAUACCUAUAGAUGAUGGAAUUGGGAAAGAAGUUGCAACUCAAAUUACAACUACGAUGGCAACCAACAAAACAUUCUAUACAGAUUCCAAUGGACGGGAUUUUAUCAAAAGGAUUCGUGACUACAGAACAGACUGGGACCUGAAAGUGAACCAACCUGUUGCUGGAAAUUAUUACCCAAUCAAUCUUGGAAUAUACAUACAAGAUGAUAAAACAGAGCUUUCAGUUUUAGUGGAUCGAUCUGUGGGUGGAUCCAGCAUCGCGGAUGGACAAAUAGAGCUGAUGCUCCACAGGAGACUGCUACAUGAUGAUUCUAAAGGCGUUGCAGAAGCUCUUAAUGAAACAGUCUGUAUCCAUGAUAAAUGCACUGGACUAACAAUCCAAGGAAAAUUUUAUUUCAGAAUCGACCCCCUAGGGGAGGGUGCUAAGUGGCGUCGUUCAGCUGGCCAAGAGAUAUAUUCUCCAUUUCUGUUAGCCUUCACUGAAGAGGAUGGAGAUAACUGGAUGAGUUCUCAUGUACCCACAUUUUCAGGAAUUGAUCCCUCCUACAGUUUGCCUGAUAAUGUUGCUCUUAUAACUCUCCAGGAGCUUGAUGAUGGAAAAGUUCUCCUUCGGUUAGCACAUUUAUUUGAGAUUGGGGAGGACAAAGAUCUUUCUGUAAUGUCCAGUGUAGAACUGAAAAAGCUGUUCCCUGGCAAGAAGAUUAGCAAAGUGACAGAAAUGAGCUUAUCUGCCAAUCAAGAACGAGAAGAAAUGGAGCAAAAGAGACUGGUUUGGAAAGUCGAGGGCUCCCCUGAAAAAGAACCUGAGUUGGCAAGGGGAAGACCGGUUAAUCCUACGAACCUGGUCGUGGAACUAGCUCCAAUGGAAAUCCGCACCUUUGUUAUUGAAAUCGGUUCCUUGCCUCUCAGGAAGUCGCAGAUGCCUGAAGACGGGAGAUAUGCUGCAUAAGAUCCUAGCGAAUUUGAGAAAGGGCCCGUGCCUCUUUGCGCUCAUAAUUUCAUCUGAGCUUCCCCCCAGUUGUAUUUUGAACUUCUGGCAUAGUUCCUGAAAUAACUCUAUAUCGUAUGACAAUUAUCCAUGAACGUAGAUGACUUAUCAUGUUGGGAGGUUCCACUUCCAUGUAAAUAUGAUGCAACCGAAUUAUCUUGUGCUUGCAUUCUCCACAUGGAAAUGAAUUAUGUUGUGUGCUCGACAAA